UGUUUUAUAGAAAUAUUCCAAGAUGUAUGUAUCGGCUAUAUCGUCCAUCCUCGCAGCUUUGUUGUUUGUUAGUCUUGUCAUGGAAGGGAUAGAUGCACAGACUUGUCAAGAGGUAUUGAACUGUACCUCGGAGUACACCUCGGCGGCAUCUGCUGCAGGACAAGACAAAGUCAAACAAUGCAGCGCUGGCAGUGUUUACAUAACAUGCCUGGAAGCCGCUGCAAAGAACUGUGAAAUAGACAUCACCCAGACAUUAGACGACGCCAAAAAGACCUUCUCACAGGCAGGAUGUCAAACGUCAGCAGGUGGCUAUGCAACACCUUUCCUUGGUUUCGUUACUAUGGUUCUGGGAGUAUUGAUUUUAAGAUUUGUGUAAAUUAAUGAUGAAGAAUUUGGAAAUAAGUGGGAAAUGCUAGUCUUUUUGCGAAUUGGUACAUGUAUUAUAUUUAAACAAAUAGAUUGGUGUUUUUUUUUAUCUAUAAUUUGUCAUAAAGGACUAUUUUUUCACACUGAUUGACUGACUGUACUUGCCAUGAAUGUAUUUUUUUCUCUCUA